AUGAUUGAUAAUCCAUUUUAAUUUGAGAAGGAUCCUAAGAAGUUUACUAAUUCUUUGGAAUACGAUAGAAAUGCUAUAGAGGAGGAGGAUGAUUAGAAAUAGCAGACCAGAUUAACUUAACUUUAUAUUGGUAAAUCUGCAAGUAGAUAUGGAUUAUUGAGAAAGUUAGAAGAGUAGACUUAAGCUGAGAAAUUGGCAGUAGAGAGAGAUCAUGUGUUUUCUUAGGAUUUCAAAUCAAAAAGUUUUAAUGUGAAGCCAGAUCCGAUUUCAUGUCAUUUGAAACAAUUUAAUCCUAGGAUGCUCGAAAAAAAUUAUUAAGAUUCUUUAUAGAAAGGUUAUAAAAUAAGGAGUAUUUUGAGUGAGAAGAAAGAAACUCUUUAGGAUUUUGUAGAAAAGAAAAGAGAGAUUUGUUUAACAAAUCUAAAUAUUUUAACAAAAAAAGAGGAGACAAAUAGACUUGAGGAUUUUAUUAAGAAUGAGUAGGAAUCGUUGAGAGCUCGAAAGUUAUACUUCAAAAACGAUUGCGAAUUGGUCAAGAGAUUUAUGAGUGAAGUUAAGUCUCAAGCAGAUUAAGCUGCAAUUUUAGCUGACAAAGAGGUGAGAAGGAAGGAAGAGGUCAAAGUUGAUGUUGCUAGAAUAUUGGCUUAAAUUGAUAGAUUGAAGUUAUAGAAAAGCAAGCUUUAAGAUGAAUACGAUAAACUAGAUAAAUAUAGAUAAUUUUUGGAAAAAAUCAAACAACACUACAAAACCAAAUUUGCAGAUUUAGAAAAGGAUAUCACCUUACCAUAAAGUACUUCUACUACGAAAAGAACUUUGUUUUUGACUGGGGUGAAUGUUUUGGAAUCUGAGACAAGAUCAAAGGAACAAUUGGAGUAAUUGCAAUUUGAAUAUAAGCAGAAUAAGAUGGCUGAUACAGUGAUCGAGAUUUUGGAUGCAAUUGAGGAGGGAAAUCUAAGAAAUAUGCAGAAUCAGAGGGAUGCUGAAGAGGAAAUGGAAUAAAAGAAGAGAGAGGCUUAGCAUCUAAGAGAGAUAUUGGCGAUUCAUCAGAAGGAAAAUGAGUAGAGAUUCAAAGUGUUAGAGAAACAAUACGUGAUGCAUUAACAAUAUCAGCAGGAAUUGAAAAAAUAAGAAAAAGUGGAUUAAAAUAAAUUGGAGUUUGCAGAAGGAGAGAAUCUAGAUAUGGAUAAGAUAGGAAAAAGAAUAAUAGAGAUCUAUACAGAUGUUUCUAAGAAGGAGUAAGAUCCGUUAAUAAAAAAACUAGGGAUCGAUUCAAAGAUGCUUAAAUUUACAUUAAAUUAACUCGAAAAGGUAGUCUUGGAACUGUCAGAAUAUAAGUUGCAAUUCCUAAUGAAAUCUAAACAAGAUUUUAUGGAUGCAGAAAAGAAGAUCAAUUUGAAGAAAAAGGAAUAGAGGCAGACGAAUUAGAAGGAUGAAGAGAAGAAGAAGCAGAUAAUUGAGCGAAGGAGAAAGAAGGAAGAAUAGAUGGCUAACUUUUAUAGAGGGAGAAAGGAUAUGAGACGGAACUAUCCAGCUGAAAAAGUGGUGGUUGAAUAGGUUGUGGAGGAUAAUGACGAGAAUGAUGAUGAAAAGUACUUGCAAGAGAGUUAUGAAUUGGUUUAUGUGCCAUCAUAGAAAGUUGAUAAUAUUUCAUCAUAGUAAUAAUUAUAAUAAUAAUAAUGA